AUGCGUCUCCUCGCCACCGUGGUUGCAGCUCUCUGCGCAACUGUCGUGUCUGCCCAGGCAAACAAUGCCAUCGCCAUCCCAGCAGGCCAGUCCACCUUGGAUGUCACUGCCGGGAAGCCUCUAACCAUUCACUGGACCAAUCCUUCAAGCGACACCGUCACGAUCAAGCUGCAGCAGGAUCCCAUCACCCCUCAAUCGGGCGUUGUUCUGGCUGCCAAUGUUCCUGCGUCUGACGAAGAAGCGACCGUUCAAAUCCCCCCGGCCAACGAUGUUAACUCCCACGUAUACACAAUCGAGAUUAUCGAUGAUACCGACUCCACCAACAUAAACUUCUCCCCAAACUUUGGCAUCAAAGGUGCCACGGGAACUCAGACCGGAGUUGCGUCCACCGCUUCUUCCACCGGUAGCGCUAGCGCGAGCGCUGCAUCCAGCAGUGCCUCCAACUCCACGGCUACUGACUCGACCUCGUCGUCAGCCGCCUCGUCGUCAGCAGCGGCUACAUCAUCCUCCGCCGCCGCCGCUACAACCAGCGGCGCCAGCAGCAGCAGCGCUUCAGCUUCUGCGAGUGCAACAUCCUCCCAGUCCGGUUCAUCGAGCGCUUCGUCUUCUUCUGCUGCUGCAACCGAGACCACCUCUGUCCCAAACAGCAACGACAAUGCUGCCGGCAGCUUGAAGGUUCAGGGAGGCCUCCUCGCAAUGGCUGUUGGCCUGCUUGCAGUGUUGUAA